AUGUCCGCCCCUCCACCAGCUCUUCUCGACCCCUCCAUCUUCGCCUCCCUCGAAGCCAAGCUCGAGGAAGAGACCCAGAUCCGCGAUACUCUCUCACAGCUCAUCCAGCGACUGGAUCGGGUCGUGGCCACAGCCCAGGGCCUGCUCUCACGAGUCCACUCAACGCCUCGCUCACGCUACCCUCAGCUAGUCUCCCAAGUCGAGGCCGCUGUCAAAGAAGAAGCCGCCAUCAUCAGCGAGCUCAACACCGUCGCCUCCCAGCACCCUUACUACAAAUACAACCAGAAAUGGACGCGCUCAAUGCAGCACGCCAUCGGCACAGCAAUCUACUGCGCCUGGCUAGGCGGCUUCCCCCCCUCCCAAACCUCUGAUGCCGAAUCUUCUUCACCCGCUGAAAUCGGCCGCCUCCUCACCCUCGAAGAAGUCGGCACAAUCUUCUCCGUCCCAACCAACCUCAAAGAUCGCGACGCCUUCCACAUCACCAUCGAAGAAUACCUCCUCUCCCUUGUCGACCUCACCCAGGACCUCUCCCGCCUCGCCACAAACUCCGUCACCUUGGGAGACUUCCAGCUCCCCCUCACCAUCAGCGCCUUCGUCAAGGACCUCUUUGCGGGUUUUCAGCUGCUCAACCUCAAGAACGACAUCAUUCGCAAGCGCGCGGAUGGCGUAAAGUACGAGGUCAAGAGGGUCGAAGACAUUGUUUACGAUUUGAGCCUUAGGGGCUUGAUUCAGAGGCCUGGGGCGGGGGAUACGGAGAUGGAGGCUGCUGAGUAG